GCGGCUCCUGAGCCUCAGCGCUUCAGCUGGUGCCCGGGAAACUCCCGCAGGAGUGAUUCCCGGAGGGUCUCCGCUGGCGCCAGUCCCUAACAUCACUUUUUUCAGACUGUCUCAUCCUUCCUGCUCGAUAGAUGCUCAAAGUCGCUUCUGGAGAAAGCGCCUGCUUUCUCCCCAUCAUCUGCAGGGUCAAAGCAUCCCUUAACCAGCAAGGGCUGUGGUACCUUCUCCGUCUCGAUUCGGGGCGGGGCUGAGGUCCGCUCAGCAGCGAAGCGACAGGGAGGCAGAGAAGAACUUCGCGGGAGACGGGCCGGGCUGACGGUGGGUGAGCGAGGGGACUCGGGUCGCACACCCAUCGCUAUGGCCUCGCUCCCCGUAGCCGCGAACUGGACGGACCGGGGAAUGGCCGGCGCGGACACCGGGAACCUGAGUGCCGCGCUCGAGACUGGGGCAGCCGCGGGAGAAGCUGAGACUGAGUGGCUGCAACUGCUCGUCCGAGCCGGCAACCUUUCCGCGUCCUUCUCCCCGCUGGGUCUGGCGGCGGCCUCCCCCGCGCCUUCGCAGCCCCGGUCUAACAUCACCAACCAGUUCGUGCAGCCGUCCUGGCGCAUCGCGCUCUGGUCCCUAGCCUACGGCGUGGUGGUGGCCGUGGCCGUCUUCGGGAAUCUCAUCGUCAUCUGGAUCAUCCUGGCCCACAAGCGCAUGAGGACCGUCACCAACUGCUUCCUCGUGAACCUGGCUUUCUCCGACGCCUCCACGGCCGCCUUCAACACCUUGGUCAACUUCAUCUAUGCGCUGCACAGCGAGUGGUACUUCGGCGCCAACUACUGUCGCUUCCAGAACUUCUUUCCUAUCACAGCGGUGUUCGCCAGCAUCUACUCUAUGACAGCCAUUUCGGUGGACAGGUAUAUGGCCAUUAUUGACCCCCUGAAGCCCAGACUGUCUGCCACCGCAACCAAGAUUGUCAUUGGAGGCAUUUGGAUUCUAGCAUUUCUACUUGCAUUCCCUCAGUGUCUUUAUUCCAAAACCAAAGUCAUGCCGGGCCGUACUCUUUGCUACGUGCAAUGGCCAGAAGGCCCCAAACAACACUUCACUUACCAUAUUAUUGUUAUUAUACUGGUGUACUGUUUCCCAUUGCUUGUCAUGGGUAUCACAUACACCAUCGUUGGAAUCACCCUCUGGGGAGGAGAGAUCCCAGGGGACACCUGUGACAAGUAUCAUGAGCAGCUAAAGGCUAAAAGAAAGGUUGUAAAAAUGAUGAUUAUUGUUGUGGUGACAUUUGCCAUCUGCUGGCUGCCUUACCAUAUUUAUUUCAUCCUCACUGCAAUCUAUCAACAACUAAACAGGUGGAAGUAUAUUCAGCAGGUCUAUCUGGCUAGCUUUUGGCUGGCAAUGAGCUCAACCAUGUACAACCCCAUCAUCUACUGCUGUCUGAAUAAGAGAUUUCGAGCAGGCUUCAAGAGAGCAUUCCGCUGGUGUCCUUUCAUUGAAGUUUCUAGCUAUGAUGAGCUGGAGCUCAAGACUACCAGGUUUCACCCAACUCGGCAAAGCAGCCUGUACACCGUGACCAGGAUGGAAUCCAUGACGGUGGUGUUUGACCCUAGUGAUGCAGAUAACACCAAACCCAGCCAGAAGAAGAGAGUGCCUCCAGGAGACCCAAGCUUCAAUGGUUGCUCCCGCCAGAAUUCCAAAUCUGGCUCCACCACUUCAAGUUUCAUAAGCCCACCCUAUACUUCUGUGGAUGAAUACUCUUAAAUCCAUUUCCUGAGUGGAAAGAGUAGAGUGAGGCUAUCAUGGACACCAUAGCGUCCACACUCUCCUGAUUGUCAGCCCUGUCCUACAUAGUCUCUGUAAAAAAGAAGGGCAAUUUUUAGGCAACUGUGUUUCAACUGAGAAAGGUAGCAUUUGAGUUCAACAAAGACACUAUUAAGGUAUUUGCCCCCUCAAAAAUAAAAUAGGCUUUAAAUUUAUUCUUUGAAAAAUUUAAUAAUUGUAUGUAACAGAAAAAUAUUUCUGAAAAGUAUUUAUAGAGAGUUUCAUUUUUCUCACUGAAAAAUUGCAAUAUAUAUUUGUGACACUAAAGUAACAUAUGAUUUCCCCAAAAGAUUAAAGAACCAUUAAAAUAUAAUGAUGUGAGUGAAUAAAAAUAAAAUCUAUAGAAAAUGAAAAUUUUCAUCUAUAGCUAUUAAAGAAAAAAAGUUAUAUGACUUAUUUUACGACUAAAAUUAUGGGAAAUUUACCUCUAAGAGUAAAAAUUAAUGAAAAUCUUUGCUAAAGAGAAUUAACUUUGUAGGAUAAAAAUUUUUUGAGAUUUAAAGAUAUUCACCAUGAAAUAUAAUUGAAAAAGAAACCUGAUCAAAUUAUUAGGCAGCUGCACAUAUUUUUCUCUUUAUUUUUCUGGGAAAGUGGCUUCAAAAGAAAAACAUAAUCAUUUAGUUUUUGACUAUUAUAUAUUUUAAAGAGCCAAACUACGAAACAGUCAAAGAUAGAACUUUAAAAUGACAAAGCAAAUCCCUAUGAUCCUCCUUAUUUUAUUUUUCAAAAAUAUUUGUAGGUUUAAGAAAAAAAUAGAUUACAUAAUAGUAAAGAGGCUUUCUAAUGAAGAAGGGAAGAAUCUCAUUUAUCUCUGAAACUGACUACCAAUUUUUAGGCAAGAAUUAAAGAUACUAAUUCAUAGUUAUUAUAGCAGACAAGAGCAUCUAUUAGCUCCAAAGGAAAAUGUAUUUUUCCUCUAUAACCCAAGGAAAAAGCUUAAGGUGAGUAUUAACAACUGUAUAGUGCCUUAUUCUCUCCCUUUCCCCCCACAGUGGGGGAGAAAAAAAAGAGUAAGGACUAGGAGAAGGUAUCAGAAAAUAUAUUUAAAUGCAAAGCCUUAGGACAAAAGUUUAUGUACUACUUAUAUGUGCUUGUUUGAGUGCAUGCUAAGUUGUUUCAGUCAUGUCCGAACCUUUGCGAUCCUAAGGACUGUAGCCUGCCAUGCCCCUCUGUCCAUGGGAUUCUUCAGGCAAGAAUAUUGGAGUGGGGUGCCAUGCCCUCCUCCAUGGGAUAUACUAGUAUACCUAUAGGUAAAUCAAGUAAGAUGUAGAAAACGGAAUCAACUGUUAGAAUAAAAAGCUGGACAAAAUGUGGAUACACGUGAACUAAUACCGGGCAACAGGAGUAUAAUAUACAUAUUUCUACAGAAAGAGCCUUCCUUUAUCUGCUUAGAUAACUCAGAAAUUCCCCCAGAAAGAAAUGAGCUAAUGGUCCUAAAGAAGAAUCUGUUUUACUAUAAGAAAAAAAUAUACUGACACAUUUCUGAGAGCUAUAACAAAUCAAGGUACACCAUUAAGUGUGGAAUUUAUCUUCCAGACCUCAGUGCUCAAAAGUCAUCUUUUCUUGAAUUAGAGAUACCAUCAAUCUAGCUCAAGAAAGCAGUAACCUUCUGAGAAUGUGGCUGUGUAGUACAAACUUCUCCUUCCAAAUAUUCAGAUAGAUUUUUAAAGCUAUCCAACUAUAAUUACCUG